CUUUCAACAGACUGCCAGAAUGUCACAAUACAAUAAAAACUACAUGGAUCCAGUUUUGGAGAAAGCAAAGCUGGUUGAAGGAUUGGAAGAGAAUGAUCUUCGAAAACACAGACCCAUCAAAGCACCAAACACAGAUUGUUCGAUCUCACCACUUUUCUAUGAUGCGGAAAUUCAGAAAUUUACCAACAUGAUUAUGCAAGGUGGCAACAAGGAAAGAGUGAGAGAGAUCAUGCGCAGGUUAUUUGAAAACUUGAAACACACACAAGUUGCAAAAUACAACAGGGCCAACUCAGACGAAGAAAGACAAGGGAUUGAGUGCAACCCGAUUGCUGUAUUUCAUCAGGCUGUGGAUAACUGCAAACCGCUUCUUCUUAGCAAGCGAACUGUGAAAGGAGGUAUCGCAUACAGAGUUCCUGUUUGUGCAAAACCAAUUGAACAGAGGUUUAAUGCGAUGAAAUGGAUAAUUGAAAGCUGCAGAGACAGAACGAGGAGAAUUCCAAUGGAAGAUAAACUGACUAUGGAAAUUAUGGAUGCCUAUAAAUAUCAGGGAAAGGCAAUACGAAAGAAGCAAGAGACUCAUAAAAUCUGUGAGAGCAACCGAGCAUAUGCACAUUUGAGAUAA